AUGACCACUAUUUCUGUCCAAGAGAAGCUCAAACAGCAAUUUCCUGAUACAGUCUAUACUCCCGUCCUCUCGCCCGACAAACACCCAGCGUUUACCUACAAUGGUUUCCAUCCUGGGAAAGUUGAACAGUUACCCCGUGGCCAUGUCAAAGAACCCGGUUUCCAAGCCUUUCCGGUUGACGUGACCUGGGAGCGUGACAUGGCAAUUCCCAUGAGAGAUGGUAUCACGCUCUAUGGUGAUGUCUUCCGGCCUUCGAGUGGCGAUGAAAAGGUCCCUGCGAUUAUUCCAUGGAGCCCGUAUGGAAAGGUUGGAACUGGUGCUCAAGACUACGAUCGUAUGGGCCCUUGGCGUAUGGGCAUCCCAUACCAGCAGCUGAGUGGAUAUGAAACCUUUGAGGGUCCUAAUCCAGCGGAUUGGUGUGCUAGAGGUUACGCGGUCGUUGAUAUCGACGCUCGAGGCUGCGCCCACUCGGAGGGAGAUAUUGCUUUCUGGGGUGAACAGGAAGCUACGGACAUCUACGACUCUAUUACAUGGAUUGCCGAACAGCCCUGGUGUAACGGGGCUGUGGUCAUGAUGGGAAACUCUUGGCUUGCAAUCUCACAGGUCAACUUUGCGUCUCGAUUUACCCACCCAAACCUCAAAGCUAUUGCCCCCUGGGAGUGUAUGACGGAUCCAUACACACACAACACUUGUCGAGGAGGAGUUCCCAAUACGGCAUUUGGCGAGCUCAUCACGCAUGGCUUUUCAGGAUUCGGAAAUAUCGAGAAUGUCGGUGCCAUGCUGAAGCAACGCCCACUCUUCGAUGAAUACUGGGAUGCCAAAAAGAUCAAACCGGAAAACAUCCGCGACAUUCCGAUGUACCUGACUGCUUCUUACUCCACGGGCCUCCACUGCGAAGGUUCAUUCCAUACUUUCGAAACUGCUCAAACAUCUCGCAAAUGGCUUCGGGUUCAUGCCUCACAGGAAUGGCACGAUUUGUAUCGACCAGAGGCCAUGGAUGAUUUGCAACGAUUCUAUGAUUUCUACGCCAAAGGAAUUCAGAAUGGGUGGGAGACUGAAACUCCUAGAGUCAGACUUACCCUACUAGGGUAUGAUGGUAGCUUCGCCAAGUCAGUGGAGGAGCGGCACGAGAAACAGUGGCCUCCUGCAUCUCAACAGAACAUUCGAUGCUAUUUGGAUGCGGGCAACAAGACAUUGAUUUCCACGCAGCCUGUCGCUUCCAGUUCUAUCGCGCAUGAAAGUCAUUCACUGACAGAUUGUUCGGAUUUCACCUUGCAUUUUGACAAGUACACCGAGCUCUGCGGCAGACCGUUCGUGAAGCUAUACAUGUCCUGUGACUCAGCCGAUGACAUGGAUGUGGUAGUCCAAAUUCGCAAGAUCUCUGCGUCGGGCAAGCUCCUAGAGUCCCUAAACUGGUCACCAAUGCCAAAGCCACAGCCGGAAGUUCCCGAUGUCAACGUCGCCAAGCAUCUCGGCCAACAAGGAAUGCUCCGGGCAUCUCAUCAUGUCAGUCUCCGUCCUCGACUGGACGAUGAUGGGUUCCCAGUGUAUGAUCAUGAUCGGCGUGAGUCUAUCCCGGUUGGAACGGUCGUCCCGCUACUGAUCCCUAUAUGGCCGGUUGGAAUGGUAUUUGAAGCUGGCGAAGGAUUGGUUCUUCGCGUUUCUGGACAUGAUAUGUCACUGCCUGAGGUGGAGAUGAUGAGGUUGAAGGAGCCCAUAGAUCAGAAUCGCGGGAAGCAUACGAUCUACACGGGUGGUGAAUAUGCUAGUUAUUUGGUCCUUCCAUUUAUUUGA